UUUACAUUUCGGUGAUGAACCCUUGUCGGUUUGUUCUGCAAGAAGCUAUUGCUAUACUCCGAUUUGGGAGCCAAGACCUUGAACACGGCAUAUGCGAGGCCACCACGAAGUAUACCAGGGUAGGAAAGAGCUCUCCCUGUCGACGUGACGGUUGCGGCCCAACAAACCUUUAAAUCCAUCAUCAAUUCCGCGACACAUCCAUAUUCUAUACAACUUUCAGUUCCAAAGCAUCUCAUAACUAUCCCUUAUUAGCUAUCCAUAAAUCUAUCAUUCAACCACCCACCAUGAAGACCGAAGAGUUCGACUUCCACCAGGUCCCCGAGGACAUACCUCACGACCCGGUCGAGCUGCGCGGCAAGAGCCGUGAAAGCGGACGCAUGAUCGUGCUCGACCGCUCCAAGACCAGCAUCGAACACACCGUAUUCUCCAACAUCUGCGACUACUUCCGGCCCGGGGACCUCCUUGUGCUGAACGACAGCUACAUGCUGUCCAACACGCUGUGGUUCCAGAACGGCGACGAACCGGCCCAGCUAACCGUGUACGGACACGAGCCCGACAGCACCACCAUCGUCGAAAUCAAGACGGACCAUCGCCUCAUCAAGCCCGGGCUUGUGCUCAAGUCCGCCAACAACGACAAGCUCACCUGCACCCUGCUCGAAUCGCAGCCCGAUAACCUCUGGAAGGCCAAGUUCGAGCCCCUCGAGCUCUUGGUCCCCACGCUGGACCAGCACGGCAUUCGUCUGGACGAGAAUAUUCACCUCAACCCGACCUACUGGCAGAAUGAGCGCCAGGCGUAUCGCUCUGUGUAUGCAAAGUCUCCGGGCUCGUUGGAGAUUCCGUCCGCGGGGCUGCAUUUCUCCAAGGAGUUGUUGGAUAAGGUGAUUGCGAAGGGGGUCGAGGUUGCGUACAUCACGCUGCAUGUGGGCGCGACGGAGAUCCUGGCGGUGCGACACAUCUCAGCAGAGGAGAUUUAGAACCACAAGGUGCGGUCUGAGUACUUUGAAGUGACCGAGGAGGCCGCGUCGCAGAUCAAUAAGGCGAAGAAGGAGAACCGCCGCAUUGUAGCUGUCGGAACGACGGUUAUGCGAACGCUGGAGUCCCUGGCUGUCGAUAAGGAGCCGAACACGCCCGUUGAGCCCCAGGUGUCCUGGACCGAUCUCUACAUCUACCCUGGGUUCCAGUUCAAGAUGAUCGAUGUGCUGCUGACGAACCUGCACCGGCCGCGGUCGAGCCACAUUGUGCUUACCGCGGCGUUUGCGGGCAAGGAUUUUGUCAUACACAGCUAUGAUGAGAUUGCGAAGAAGGGUGGAUAUGAGUUCGACAUGUUUGGCGACAGUAUGCUGAUCACUUAACGGUCGUGGGCUUUAAGUAUGCUCGACUUAUCUAGAUUCAGUAGCUGUUGCGUUCUGGUUUUCCUGUUAAUCAUAUGAAAUAAGGAAUACUACGCGAUUGAUUAC